GUGUGACAGGUUAAUCUCAGCCCUCCACAGUCCUCAUCACCCCUCUCCUCUCUCAGCCCUUCUCCGAGUCACUUCUGAAUCGCCCUCGGCUGAGUUUCCGUUCAGCCACUGGAGCAUCUCAGCAUCAUGGCUGCUACUGGAACAUUUCGCAUGGUGUCUGAGGAGGAACAAGAAUUACGUGCUAAGCUCGAACAUCUGACUGUUAAGGACCACGGCCCGGUGUACGGACCCUGUAAGAAAGUCUUGGAUCACACAAAACAGAAGGCUAAAGAUGAACUAAAUGAAACGGAGGAGAGGAAAGUGUCUUCUAUAAAGGAAUUGAGGGCCAUGAUAAAAGAAAAGGCGGACGAAGGGGACGAUCUGGCCAAAGCUGUGCAAGAAAAAUUCAGGGACAAACCAGAUUCCCUUCUGCUGAGAUUCAUACGCGCACGCAAGUUUGACGUGAAGAGAGCACACGAGCUUUUGAAAGACCUCCUCGUCUCUGGGACAGGGACAAAAUCUCUGCUUUAA